GGGGCAGAAGAGAUGUAGAUAAUGGGAGGGUUGGGGGAGAGAUUUCUGGAGCAGCCUCCAUCUACCUUCUUUCAACUCUGGCUAGACCAAGAAGACACCAAAGAAGCCUGAGUCCAAGGCCAGGAAAAGUCAGCUUGCAGAUAACCAAAGGCUAUUCCAAGGAGAGAGCCUGGAGCCAGAGAGAAUGGCCCCUGGGACCCAGACACCCUCAUCCCAGGAGUUGGUGACAUUCAAGGAUGUGGCUGUGGAAUUCACCAAGGAGGAGUGGCACCUCUUGGACCAUUCUCAGAAAGAGUUGUACAAGGAGGUCAUGCUGGAGAAUGCCCAGAACCUGCUCUCUGUGGGAAUUCCAGUUUCAAGAGAAGAUUUGAGCUCCCCUUUCCAGGAAGGGGAACUAGCAGGGAUGGCAGAACAAAAAGGUCCAAGGCACUGCUGCCGAAGAGCAGAUGAGUCCUGUGGGUCCUGGCUGCAAGGCUGUUUUUCCAUUGAAGCUAUGGACCCCAGCUGA